AUGAGAAUAAGUCCUCAAGAUGGAGAUCGCCCACCACCACUCGCCUCCACCGCCAAUCUGCAAUCCGCACCCAUCCAUACACCGCCCCCCGCCCCGCCUACCAACCGAUCUCCCAGGUGUUUGUUUCCUCCCAUUCUUUUCAGCAAUAAUGGGCGGCUGCUGUGGAGCUUCGAACGAGCUCGAGGGCAUCUUCAGUCACUCAAGCUUCAACCGAUUGAAAGCUAUUCAUCUACGGUUUCACGUGGCUUCACUCUUCACGGCGGAUGGCUUCACUCUUCAUGGCGGAUGGCUUCACUCUUCUCGGCGGGCUUGAAAAUCCAACUAUUCGAAGGCUUAAGCAUGGAGGCGCAUCCCCUUUGGAGCGUGGCUACAAACGGUUCUCUAUGGGAUCGUGGCUGCAGCUUGGCGAAGGCGCAUCCCCGGCGGACCUCCAAGGGAGAACGCCAGGGAUUGGCGGUUCUCCAAGGGAGAACGCCUUGGAGUGGCGAAGCUUCAAGGGAGAUGAAGCUUGAAGCUCUGACCAUGCCAAGGCUAACGCAUGGAGGCGCAUCCCCUUGGGAGCGUGGCUACAACGGAUCUCUAUGGGAUCGUGGCUGCAGCUUGGUGAAGGCGCAUCCCCUUGCAGCGCGGCGGACCUCCAAGGGAGAACGCCAGGGUGUGGCGGUUUUCCAAGGGAGAACGCCUUGGAGUGGCGAAGCUUCAAGGGAGAUGAAGCUUGAAGCUCUGACCAUGCCAAGGUUAACGCAUGGAGGCGCAUCCCCUUGGGAGCGUGGCUACAAACGGAUCUCUAUGGGAUUGUGGCUGCAGCUUGGUGAAGGCGCAUCCCCUUGCAGCGCGGCGGACCUCCAAGGGAGAACGCCAGGGAGUGGCGGCGCCAGGGAGUGGCGAAGAUUCAAGGGAGAUGAAGCUUGA